UCAUAAAAGCAUGAGUAAAUGGAAUGAAAUAAAAUCAAAAUUAAUGACGAAUUCUUUUCAUGUUAAAGUUUUCAUCUGUGACCAUGUGUCUAUGUGCAUUUUAAUGUUCCAUCGUUUUUGGGGAAAAUUAUGUCAUGUUGAUGCCGAAGAAGAAUCGUAUUGCUAUAUAUGAAUACCUCUUUAAAGAGGGUGUGAUGGUUGCAAUGAAGGAUUAUCAUGCCCCCAAACAUCCUGAAUUGGAGACCAUUCCUAAUCUGCACGUUAUCAAGGCUAUGCAGUCUCUGAAAUCCCGUGGUUUCGUCAAGGAACAGUUUGCGUGGAGACAUUUCUACUGGUACCUAACGAACGAUGGUAUCGAAUUUUUGCGUGGUUAUUUGCAUCUACCACCAGAAAUCGUGCCUUCUACAUUGAAGAGACAAGCCAGAUCAGAAACUGCACGACCACGGCCGACUGGUACCGGUCCCAGAAGCGAAACUUCCAGGCCUGCAGAAGAUCGCGCUGGAUACAGAAGAGGACCUGGUGGCCCAGGUGAUAAGAAGGCUGAUGUCGGUGCAGGAACAGGGGAUUUAGAAUUCCGUGGUGGUUUUGGACGUGGAAAGGCUCCUCAAUAAAUGGUUUUUUAGUCACACAUUAA